UUAUACUUUAUUCAGGGACUUAGAUUUUGCUUGGCAGUCUAUUGCUAUAAUUUUUUUGGCAGGGUCAACUUUUGCUUUUAGUUGCUUCAUUGCCUUUGGGAAGUAGAUAGUUGGUACUCGAAAUAAAGAUGCCUGAAGGCAAAGUAAAAGACUUAAUUAAAAGGAGGGCCUCAAUAAAGGCCAAAAUAACACAAUUCUCUACGUAUUUGGAUGUCCUACGGGGUUGUGAUUAUCUCAAUGAUGUGCAAUUCUCGGAACUCCAAGUACGUCUUGAGAAAUUCGAAACCUUAUACGGGGACUUCGACACUUUUCAGAGUGAGAUCGAGAUGCUGUCAGACGCGCCGGAAGACCAUUAUAAGGAUCGUGAGUCCAUUGAGUCGCAGUACUACAAGCUUGUGGCUUCUGCGCGUACGCUGUUGGAUCAACGCAAAAAUAAUGACGGUAGGUCCGAGAGAUUCCAGCGUAUCGAGUACCUUAAGCAGCAUUUUUGGCAGCGAUUCUCCAAUGAGUACGUCGUGUGGCUACAACAAAAAAUGAAAUGGCUGACUCAAAAGGGAGGCUUAAAAGAAGGUAUGAUGGUUGUCAUCAAGGAGAAGGGACUACCACCUCUUAUGUGGCUGCUCGGACGCAUUAUUCGUCUUUGUCCUGGACGAGAUGGAAUUACACGUGUGGCAGAUAUCUUAACCAAGAAAGGUGUUAUACGACGCGCUUACAACAACAUAUGCCCGCUACCAGUCAAUAUUUGA